AUGGGGCGCGUGCGCAAAGCGAAAAAGGCGGCACCGCCGCUAUCAAAGAACACGCUUCGGGUGCUGCACAUUAUUAUGGCGAUCGGCUUCAUCAGUGCAGUGCCGCAAAUCCUAACCACGGUAAUGACAACCUGGAGGGAAGCAGAACCCAUCGAGUACAAGUAUAUGUUUAGAGGGAGUGAGCAUUCCUUGUACGUGGACUAUACUUACUACGGGUUGUACAAAGUGAUUUAUGACGAUAAGCAUGUGGAGACGUGGACUCAGAGGGUACAAAAUAUGCGAAGUAAAGGAAGUGAAGGAAUUCAAGUCGGCCGAAAAAGUGAGUCUGCUGGAAGUCUAUCCUUGUGGACAUCAGCAUGUCAGGAGGCUUGUCGAGAUGCCAUUAUCAGGCGUAUAGAAGCAUACGAAAGAGUUUCAUUCAUUUCGUUAAUUUUGCUUUGUGGCAUCCUUUUGUCCUGUACCCUCAUCAUUCUAUGCAUUGGAUGGAACAUACUUUUCUCGAAGAGUAUUCUCAUUUCAAUGGCUUGUUUCAUGUUGUCUUUUAUAAUUAACGGAGGCAUAGGGACUUAUUGGUAUUACGAGACAGACCUCUCCUGGAACCUAGUCACUAAGGCUCAACAGUAUCCUUUUCCCAAGUGCUCCUACUGCUUUUAUAUAUUUAUGAUUACCACCGGGGUGUACGCUUUAUGUUUUAUUUGCCUUCUUAUGUUGGACCUAUACAAUAAGAACGCACAAAAGAAGUCCCACAUGGACCAGAUGACUCUACAAAACAGGAACGCUAUGAACGCAAAGAAUUUAUAUCAACCCUUAUUCGAUGGUCAAGCCAAUAUGAUGAUGUCCAGGAGUGCCAGCUAUACAAAUCUUAUGCCUUUCGGGAACGGCGCUGAGAUGGGUGGUGGUCCUAUGGGUACAGGAGUCAUGGGGGGACCACCGGUCCCUAACUUUUUACAAUAUAAUAAAACUAAUUUAAAUCAAUACGGAGGGAUAAAUCAUAAUGGCUUCCCUGGGUUCAGAAACAUGCCUCCUGGUAUGGGUAUGCCGAUGCCCCCUGGAAUGUCCCCUGCUGGAAUUCCCCCAGGGGUUCCUCCAGGGAUGAGUUCACCCAUGCAAAAUAAUUUGAACCCUAAUUUUUUCCCACAAAUGCCAAAGCAGAAUACCUACUCAGGCUCACCGUCCUUCCAACAGAACCUCCCCAACUUUAAUAUGUUUCAAGGCCAAAACACGCCUAACAUGUCUUCCGGGAUGUUUUACCCGCGCCAGUAUUCCGGCAUGGAUUACGACAAUAUAAACAACCCCUUCAGUGCGAACAAGCCCUUUAAGUUCUGA